AUGAGAAUCACCCUGUUGUUCUGCUUCCUGCUCCUGGGCGUCUUGUACCUCAGCUUAGCACAAGGUUCAUAUGAGGACUGCUGCCUACGCUAUGUGAAACCGAUUAAUUCAAAAAUUAUGAAAAAAGUAAUAAACUACAGAAGACAGGAGCUUGAUGGAGGCUGUAACAUCCCUGCCAUAGUAUUCAAAACGAGGUCUGCCCGAGUGUUCUGUGCCAACCCUGAUGAGAAAUGGGUUGUGACCCUGAUGCAACAAAUCGACAGAAGGCAUGUGUCAAAGAGACCAAAUACAUCAAAAAGACGUAGGCCGGCAAAACGGAACUGAGAAGCUGAGGAGCUGAGCGCCAGACACUAAAAUGUCUGGUUUGUUUUUGUGCCAGGU